UUUCGUUUUCAAAACAUAUUCGCGUUAACAAAAGUAACUUAAAAUUAAUUUUGUAAAAUGUUUAAACGUCUUCAACUUGCUGCGGUGUUAAAUACGAUUGCCUAACUAAAAUUAGGACACUGUAAAUAAACGCAUGUGAUAUAUGCAUGUAACCAUGUGUAUGUGGCUUGUUGUACUUUUAAAAGCGUAAUUAGAAUCGCUUUGUAUGUUGUACGUGUAGUACGAUAUGAAGUAAUUCAAACUGUAUAAAUGGUUUGGAAUUUGCACAUAAAGCAGACCUUCAACUUACAUAUUUACACAAUGAAGGAAAAGUGCGAUAGAAUAACGUCUGUACAAAGUAUUCAUUCGCGUCCUAUUACACAUAGUAGUUUUAUUUUUACGUGUUGCGUCAGUUUGAGCGAUUGAGACUUGAAAGUCUUUUCGUUUUUUUUUUCUUGUUUGUCGUCGUUUUGUGGGCCGCACGACGAAUUGUCGAAAACAAAAAUUCUUCAUUUAGUUUCUGAUGGUGAUUCGUAGGACGCGGUGGGCUGGUUAUUCAUGAUGUUACGAUACCAUGAGUCAAUAUUUAUCCAACAAUAAACUAUUAGAAUCGUCAUCGACGACGUUGGUUUGAACUGAAAACGUUCUGUUUCUUUCGGCAGUGAUUCUUUAAUUUUCGACCAACAAUGAAGUUAUGGUGACCUGAAGAUGGACAAAUUAAUUGGACGAGACGAGGGAUGCUGCACCGUCAAUUAUCUCAAACAGGCGCUUCACAUUUUUAAUGUUAUAUUUUUGUUGGCAGGUUUGGGUGUUCUUGGUGUUGCGAUAUGGACAAUUUCGGACAAAUAUCAAUAUGUAACACUCCUGACAACUGUCACCUACGAGGUCCUUAUUUAUUUCCUGCUAUUUGCAGGAGCACUAGUCCUUUUAAUAGCAGUAAUCGGCUGUUGUGCUAUAUCCAAAGAAAAUAGGCCAAUGCUUAUAUGUUAUAUAUUUGCCUUAAUUUUAAUAUUUCUACUCGAAGCAAUGGUGGGAUUAAUGUCAUAUGUAUACGAUGAGCAACUUGAAACAGAAUUAGAAAUGAAUUUAAAUAACACGUUUUUAACAACCUAUAGCAUCGAUGAAACGAAAACCAAAGCUAUAGAUUUUUUGCAAAUGGAAUUCCACUGCUGUGGGGCAGUUAGUUUUGAUGACUGGAAGUAUAGUAGAUGGAGGACUGAAAAUCUGUCAGGAAAAAAUUUAGUUCCCGAUUCAUGUUGUAAAACAAUUUUACCAGAAUGUGGAAAGAGAGACCAUCCAUCAAACAUAAACUACAGUGGUUGUCUUACAAAAAUGGCCCACCAUAUGAAAUAUCAUUUGUUUGUUUUAUGUGCUGUCGGAUUAGGCAUAUGCGUUGUCCAAAUUAUAGGAAUAAUACUUUCCUGCAAAUUGUACUUUAAAUUGAGAAAUGUUAUCGAUUACGACUAAA